CUCCGCUCCGGCCCCGUCCGCCUCCGGGCUCGCUGGGUCUUCUCGCGCUGUCCGGGUGUAAUCGGAGCAGCUGCCGCCAUGUCCGAGGCUUAUUUCCCGGUGGAGUCGGGGGCUCUGGGGCCCGACGAGAAUUUCCUGUCCCUCGACGACAUCCUGAUGUCCCACGAGAAGUUGCCGGCCCGCACCGAGACGCUCCUGCCCCGCCUGGGAGCCCUCUUUUUGGAGCGCAGCAGCGGCGGAGAAAGUGACCACGGCAUCCCUGAGGGCUCAAAAUUGGAAAUCCCUCUGUGGCUGGCAAAAGGACUUUAUGACAACAAAAGACGGAUCCUUUCUGUGGAGCUCCCCAAGAUUUAUAAAGAGGGGUGGAGGACAGUGUUCAGUGCUGAUGCCAAUGUGGUUGACCUCCAUAAAAUGGGCCCCCACUACUAUGCCUUUGGCUCUCAGCUUCUGCAUUUUGACAGUCCAGAGAACCCAGAUGUAUCUCAGACUCUCUUACAGACAUUUAUUGGACGUUUUCGCCGCAUCAUGGACUCCUCUCAGAAUGCCUACAAUGAAGACACCUCAGGCCUGGUGGCCCGGCUGGAUGAGCUCGAGCGGGGAUUGUUUCAAACCGGCCAGAAAGGGUUGAAUGAUUUUCAGUGCUGGGAGAAGGGUCAAGCAUCUCAGAUCACAGCUUCUAGCCUGGUUCAGAAUUACAAGAAGAGAAAAUUCACUGACUUGGAAGGCUGAAAGCGUGAAGGACACCAUGGCUACCAGGGACACUUUUAGACGUCUCCUAAAGAUGAGACCAACUGACUUUGUACAAGGGAACAAUCUUUUCCCAUUUUAUCUAUUGUUUCUUGAAAUACAUUUCUGGAGUGGGAUGGUUCUGUUGGGAAAAGGUGGGUUGGAAGAGGAUGGACCAGGCCUUCCACGGUGUGGAAAUUAUCUUUCACUUGUUUUGCAGCAUGAAUUGACUUGUUCCAAGAAUUUACAGUAGCCUUCAUGGAUGCCUGAACAAGUAAGGAUCCCUCAUAUUUCAAACUACUUACUAUAGCAAUCAAAUUAGAAUUCUAAGCACUUGUGUGAAGGGUUUGGAAUAUUGUCAAACCCCCAGGUCCAGGAGUGGCUGAGGGUGGGUACAAAUCACACCUGUAUUCAAAGAAACUCACCACAGUUGCCUGAGGGUAAUUUUCUUCCACUCCUUCUCAUUUUAUUAAAAGAAAGGUAAUAGCACCAA